GCUCUGGUCCUUUCUCAGCCACCGUAAAACGCUAAGAGAGCAACUGGUGCCAUCUCACCCCAUGAGAGUACUUGAGGUCACCAAAGUCACCUCCUCUUCUCACUCCCCAAGAUCAGCCGCCGACUUCUCUCUUCCACUCACUUUCUUGGACACUUUUUGGGAUCCUCCCCAAACUCAAAACGCCCCGGCCCAAAACCCCCCCCAAUUCCCCCCCCCUACCGGUAACCUCACUUGGCCCUCACCUGAUGUUGCAAAACCCAUCAUCCGCUACGCUCCAAACGAUGGGGUUUCUUUCACAGUUGCGGAGUCCAACGGAGACUUCGACCGUCUCUCCGGUCACCAAGCCUAUGAAGCUAACAAAUCACAUCAUUUGGUACCUCCAUUGAAGGUAUCUGAUGAUACCGCAUCAAUCAUAGCUUUGCAGGUCUCACUAUUUCUGAAUAAAGGGUUUUGCAUCGGCAUAACAACACACCAUACAGUUCUUGAUGGUAAAAGUACGGCCAUGUUUGUUAAGGCUUGCGUUCAUAUAUGUCGGCAAGGUGAGGAAGGAAACUCUUCUACGACAUUACCGAUUGAGUAUACCCCAUUUUUUGACAGGAGUGUAAUCAAAGAACCAUCUGGACUAGAUAUCUUGUACUUGAACCAGUGGCUAGCUGUCUCGCUCUCUUCAGACUCAAGAAGUUUGAAGGUGCCACAAAAUCUAGGUGUUGUCCCUCAAGAUUUGGUUCGAGAAACGUUUCAACUAACUCGUGAAAACAUCAAGAUACUCAGAGAAAUGGUUGUUUCUAAAUGGGAUAAGUCAAAGCCACCAAUUCAUCUGUCAACUUUUGUGCUGACAAUGGCAUAUACAACAACUUUUAAGAAGUUGAGCGACGAGACUAAGGACAUGGAAAAGGGUCAGAUUCUUGCAGGAGAAGAAAAUAAGUUGUCUAGCAUCCUGGGGUUGGCAAAGGAAUCUGCAGGAUCCUCGCAAUUUAUUGGUGUGGCCGGAUCGCCCCUUUUCAAUGUUUAUGAGUCGGAUUUUGGGUGGGGUAAGCCAAAAAUGGUGGAGAUUGUGUCCAUAGACAGAACUCAAGCUAUCUCUUUGACUGAGAGUGCAGAUGGUAGUGGUGGUGUUUAGAUUGGGCUGGCAGUGGGUAAUCUAAUUAUUAUUGUUAUUAUUAUUAUUAUUAUUAUUUUUUAAAUAAAGACAAUUGCCUAUU